AUGGAGGUGGGGCACGUGUCAAUGAGCUUCAUCCUCAAGUCCAUACAACAAGAUGAGGCUCUUUAA